UGGAGACAGCAGUGCUGCAGGUUGUGACCCGCCGUUCACUGAUCUGAUUGGUGUACAGCCCUGACGGACACCUGCGGCUACAGCCAAUCAGCGAACGGCUCUCCUCGCUCCCUGAUCUUAAUUGUUUGAGGGGCGCGUGCGUUUUUUCCCCCCAGAGUUGUGUUUGAAGAUGGAAGAGUUGGCGAGGGAGAGCAUCAGCUUGCUGAGUAAACCCGCGCUGUCGGCGGACGGGCCGCGGCUGGGCUCCUGCGGCGCGCUGGUCAUCAUGCUGAAGUCUGCUCUGGGCGCCGGGCUGCUCAACUUCCCCUGGGCCUUCGCCCGGGCCGGGGGAGUCCACGCCGCUCUCACCGUGGAACUGGUUUCUCUUGUGUUCCUCGUUAGCGGACUGGUCAUCCUAGGCUACUCCUCUUCUAUCAGUGGACAGACCACGUACCAGGCUGUGGUUAGGCACCUUUGUGGAUCUGCUAUUGGAAAGCUCUGUGAGAUCUGUUUCGUCUUCAACCUCUUCAUGAUCUCUGUGGCCUUUCUGGUCAUAGUGGCGGACCAGCUUCACAAGUUGUGGGUUUCCCUAUAUGAGGUCAUCACAGGCAUGAGUGAAGGUGACCUGCCUCACCACUGGUACACAGACCAGAGGUUUACACUCUUCCUCUUAUGUGUCUUCCUCAUUCUACCCCUCUCUGUCCCUAAAGAGAUUGAGAUGCAGAAAUACAUCAGUGUGUUGGGCACUCUAGCUGCCAUAUAUCUGACUAUAUCGGUCAUUGUGAAGUACUACACCAGAGCUAUCCCUGAAACAUACCUGUUUCCCAUAUACAGCAGUGGGAUAAGCACCUGGGCCUCGAUGUUCAGUGUAAUUCCUACUAUCUGCUUCGGCUUUCAGUGUCAUGAGGCCUGCAUUGCCAUAUACAGCAGUAUGGAGAAUAAGAAGCUUACUCACUGGGUCUUCAUCUCUUUAAUGUCCAUGUUCUUCUGUCUAAUCAUCUACUCCCUCACUGGGAUCUAUGGUUAUAUGACCUUUGGAAAAAAUGUUGCCCCAGAUGUUCUGAUGUCAUACAGUGGUGGUGAUGUUCUCAUGAUUAUUGCCAGGCUGCUCUUUGGGGUGUCAAUCAUCACCAUCUAUCCAAUUGUUGUCCUGCUUGGAAGGUCUGUAAUUCAAGAUCCCUUACUGAAGCGCAGAGGGAAACACUUUACUGUGACUAAUUUCUUCGAGAUGUGCACCAGAGUCAGUCUGACUGUAACCUGGAUCAUGACCACUCUCCUCAUCGCAGUAUUUGUCCCAGACAUAAGCAAAGUGAUCAGCGUCAUCGGUGGAAUAAGUGCAUUCUUCAUCUUCAUCUUCCCAGGGCUUUGUUUAAUAUUUGCCAUGCAGUCACAGCCAGUGUCAGCGAGACUGAGGUUUGUUCUGAUUGCAUGGGGAGUUAUUACGCUUUUAUGUGGCACAUUCAUCUUUGGCCAGAGCACAGCCCUCGCCAUCAUGCACAUCCUGAAUAAGCUAUAACAGCUCUCAGCAUCUGGGACUCUUCCUCUGAGGUUUUUCAAGUAUUUUAUUUACUCACUUCCUCAAAUAUUUAUAUAAAUAUUAAAUAUACAGAUAUAUGAUCACUUC